UCAUCUGAUACUAUCUAUUCACAUAUUUUCUCUCUUAUACCAAAGUUUCCAUUUUUUUAAAAAAACUUUGGUAUAUUAAGAUUUUGAUCAAUCAAUCAAAACCCAGAAAUUUACUCAAAAAAUGGAGCAAUCAGUACAAUUCAACAUAGUUAAAUCAAUGAAGAAAAUGCAAUCUGCAUAUUUUUACUCUCUUUUCUUGUUCUCGUCUUCAUUAGUUUUACUAAUCUUACACUUGAUGAAAUCCUACAGUGGUGUAUAUCUUACUUCUAUUCUGAAAUUCAACAUUGACAGGAACCAUGUGUUCCUAAUCUGUAAUGGGAUUUUAGUAAUCCUUGUUAAAAGCUCGUCUUCGCUUUCCAUGUCAUCGUCUCAGGACAGCAACUCUGAUUACAGCAGUAGUACUAGUAAUGCAGCUCAGAGUUUGCCAAGACCAGUAGUACUAGGUGAUCAGAGAAAACAGCAAGAGGAGUUUUCUGCUGUAAGUUCAGAACAGAAUGUUGCUACUGAUGUAAAAACAGCGCGAUUUUUGACAGUUGAAGAGACUGUUAUUACUGAAGUACUUCAGGUACAGCAUCAGAAAGUGGUGGUCUCAGAAUGUGAAGUUGCUCAUGUACAUCAGCAAAAUGAUGAUGAUGUUUAUGAUGAUCAUAACGAUAUUGUCGAUGAUGAUGAGGAAGAAGACGACGAGGAAGCAGAGGAAUUGAACAAGAGGUGUGAGGAUUUUAUUAGAAAGAUGAAGCAGGGGAUUAUUUCUGAACACAGAAAUGAUCUAGGAUUAGCUAGAAAUUAUAUCUGCUAACUAUUUCAUCUUUUAUUUUUGGAUCACCUAUUAAUAGUAGCAUCUUGUAGACUAUGGUUGUAGUUUUUGUAAUUAUAGUGCAACCAAGUAAUAUAAUUCUCAAGGAAAUUUGGCCACUCUAA